AUGUCUUACGAAAACGUCAAGCUUUACAAAGAGAAAACAAAAAGAUGGCACAAUGCGCACAUAAACCCCAAGGUUUUUAAGGUAGGUGCACUAGUGUUGCUUUACAACUUACAAUUGAGGCUGUUUCUAGGAAAACUCAAAUCUCGAUGGAAUGGCCCAUUCAAAGUCAAGAGUGUGGCGGAGCAUGGAGCGUUGGAAUUAGAGAACAAGCCAGGAGAAAUUUUCAAGGUCAACGGACAUCGGUGCAAACCAUAUCUCGGACCUUCGACUGAUCAAAUGGUGGAGCAGAUUACACUAACCACUCCUCCGUGA